AAUGGUUAUUCAGGAAAAAGCUGCCAAGCUUAAAAUUACUGUGGAUAACACACUGCCACUUCAUCCAUUAGAAGAGGCAAAUGAGAAGAAGGGAGACGAAGAUGAAGAAGAAAAUGACGGUUUAGAUGACGUUGUGUUUUUGGAUCUCUUAAACUGCAGCGCUACUUCGGGUGUGCCUUUUCAAGACAGACUUAGAGACGAAGUUGAAAUAACUCGUCCUUUCAAAAAAAGAAAGCGAUAUCAGAAUCCAUAUUACUAUGUGAAGAAUGAGGAACAAAAUCAGAAAGUAAACGAAGAGGAUACAGGAGAAAAAGAAAAGUUGCAACAACUUUUGGCCGAGGAACAAGACUUAUCUGCCGCUGAAAAAUUAAAGCGAAAGCAGAAUAGAGCGAAAACAUUCGGCCAUGUUUGGGGAGAAAUUAUUGCACCCGAAUGCGACUUGAUCCAAAGAUAUCAACUCAAAACAGGCGACGAAAAGAAAUCAAAAGUAAGAACAACCGCAAUUUAUGUCCAGGGGGUUACAGAUUUUUCCACAGAGCAGGUUUUUGAGUAUUUCAAGCCCUACCCACCCGAAAGUUUAGAAUGGAUCGACGAUGACUCAUGUAAUAUCGUUUACGACUCUGACAAAGAAUGCUCGUCAUGUUUUCUGCAGUAUUUAUUCCCGACAAUGCCAGAGUACUACAAAGUGCCUAUAAAGCUCCCGAUAGAUAAAAAGAUCGAAGCUUCCGAUAGCUCGAAAGAAAACAACGACGAAGAUAGUGUAGAAGAUGGAGAGGUCGAGGAAGACGAAGCGACCCUGGAUAAAGUUCCAGAAGAACCGGACCCUACAAUGUCCAAAAAGUGUUUCAAACUGGGAAAUGAUAUCGUGUAUGUAAAGGCACCUCCGCGUGAGAACUUAGACAGUAGUCGUGUACUGACUUCAAUAUGGAGAUAUGGACCGGUUCAAGUUGUCAAUGAUCAGAUCGUUGUGAUGAAAUGCCGGUAUGCUGUUGAAAUGGACCGGAAAGAAAUGUACGCCAUGCUGAAAAGCAAGUAUUAUCAAGAAAAAGGAAACCCCCACUUUGGCAACAUGGUUGGAGUUAUUUCGAAUUCGUUCAAAGAACGAUAUCUGCAAAAGCGUGGAAUUCUAAAGAAUUCGAACCCAAGUGUGUGGAUAAAAAACCCGGUCCAAGGAUCCGUUUUUAAUAGACUCGGCAAUAAAGGGAGUUUUAAUGAUCCAGAUACGCCGUUUGAAGACUUGCGCGUCAAAGACGUACGUGAUUUGUUGCGGCGUAGAACUGCGGCUCCGAUAGCUGAGAGUCGAAUGCUAGAACGGAAAAUGGAGUUCUCCGAGUCAGAGGAUGAUGAAGAAUCGGAAGUUUCUGAAGUGAGUAAGUCAGAAAGUGAAGAGGAAAAUCCGAUGACUUCGAAGUCGCAGAAAAAGAUGAAAAUGUAUGCAGAUGAAUUGGCACAAAAAGUGAAAAGACACAGCACAAAGAAGGUACUGAAACGUGGGGUCAUAGAACCUGCCUCAUUGAAGCAGACCCCGAUACUUAAAGUUGAGAUGGUCAAUGAAUACGCUGAACGGAAUUUAAGGAGACUUGAAGCAAAGAAAAGGGCAAAAGAAGUUGGAGAUGAAAUAAGCAUUAGAAACAGACCGGGUGGGUUUGUGGACACGAGAGAACUGUUCAAAAAGGAUAUUGAAGAGGCAGAGAAGGAAGUAGAACUGACGCCGGAUGAGGGUCCAAGUAGGAAACAAAAACGCUUAGAAGAUCCGCCGGAAAGGAAAAGGUCCGAUUCCAUAGAAAAAGGUGAUAAUGUUCAAAGUCCUACGAAAAUCCGCGACAAGGAAAAGAAGCAAAGCGAAUCAACUUCACCAAAGAAACAGCCCACUGAGAAACCAAUCGAAGAUGAUAAACUAAAUACAAAACUGCGAAAACCAGUCACAGAAAAAGAACCGGUUGUCAAACCUAAGAGCGCUGACAUUUCGCGAAAAGGUACCGAAAAGAAGAAACGUUCUAGAAGCCGAAGUCCAGUUAGGCGAACUGACGCAGAUCGGUCUCGACGGAAGCCUGAUGAUAAGGUAAAAACAGUUAAAAAUGAUGAUCGAGAGCGCCAAUCAAAGGCCGAGACGAAGACUUCCGGAGCUGAAAAGCGCAAAACAGAAAAUGCUUCCAGGAGUGAUAAGAUUUCAAACGGAAGAUCUCGGGAAGAAAAACGAGGUAAAGAAGUUGAUAUCAGAAAACCAAAAGUCGAAAAGUCUCGCGAAGGUAGAGAAAAAGUUAGAGAAUCGAGACGCGAAGAUAAGAAGAAAGAAGAUCAAAUACGUGCAGAAAGAAAGAAACGUGAAAGAGAACUAGAACAGAAAUUGAGAAAAGCAAAAGAAAAAACUCAGAAAAGUGUGGCUCCUGGAAAAGCAGUCAAAAAAAGGGUUCCAGAAAAACGAAGACAGAAAGGGAGAUCUAGAAGUAGCUCUAGCUCCUCGGAUUCCUCGACGACCUCAAGUAGCUCCUCAGGAGGAUCCAGCUCAUCGUCGUCAGGGUCAUCUGGCUCAUCUUCCGGAUCAUCUUCCAGCUCCAGUUCAGAUUCAGAUUAAACUAAGAAAGUACAUUUAAUAUAAUUCAGUGAUUUUUGCAAACUACUAAUGAGGUUUUCCCCAAGUUGUCUUUGUUGUACAUAUAAAUCAUUAUAAUUAGAUUUUCUGAGUUUUCA